AUGAGUCAAGAUUCACCUGUUGUAUUAUAUGCUGAUCAAUAUGUUCAUGUUAUUAACAAUGAAACUGGUAGUAUUGAAUUAGUUGAAGGUCCUACUAGAUUUUAUCUUCAAGCUAAUAAAUCUAUUGAUAAAUCACUUGGUAUUCAAACUAAAAUUAUUGUUAAAGAAAGACAAUAUGCGGUUAUAUUAAAUCCAUAUAAUCAAGAAAGUAAACAAACACAAUUUGGUAUGAAAGAAAUUCGUCAAGGUCCAUCAACAUUUUCACUCUAUCCAGGUGAAUCAUUAUUAAAUUCACGUGUACUUGAUGCUGAUAUUUUAAAUAAGAAUGAAUAUAUCUUUUUACAAGCAUUAAAAGAUCAUUAUAUUAAUAAUACUAGUAAUAAUACUAGUACUGGUAAUAGUACUGGUGAUAAGAAAUUAUUCAAAGCAGGUGAAAUGAGACGUGUCAUUGGACCAACCAUUUACUAUGCUAAUACUAAUGAAGAAAGAAUUGGUGAUAUUCAAUCAGCUAUUAAUGUAGGUGAAAAUGAAGCAAUUUAUAUUAGAAAUGUAGAAACAAGUGAAUUAAAAACAGUUAAAGGACCAACUUCAUACUUUUUAGAAUGUAAUGAAGAAUUAUAUUAUAAAAAAUUAACAGAUAGAGAAUAUGAUGCAUUAGAAUUACCAAAUCAAUCAUCAUUUAAUGCAUAUCAUAUUCAAAUACAAAAGAAUGAAAUUGUUUGUAUUAUUGAUCAUAAAAAGGGAAUUGAAACUUUUCAUGAAGGUCCAAAAUCAAUGAUUUUAGGUUCACAUGAAGGUUUAAGAACUUUAUCAAUUUCAGGUGGUAAUCCAAAAGUUGAAAAUUCAUGUACUAUUGCUAUUGUUAAUAAGGGACCUGACUUUAUGACAGAUGGAUUUCUAGUUAGAACUAAAGAUAAUGCAGUAUUACAAAUGGAAUUGACCUAUAAAUGGCAAUUUUUAAUGAGUGAUAAAAAAGUAUCUGAUGAAGAAUAUGAUAAAGUAUUUUCAGGUGAUUUUAUUGGAUAUUCAUGUCAAUCACUUCGUAGUAGAAUUAGAGAAUUAGCAAGUGGACAUUAUUUUGAAUCAUUCCAUAAAGGAGCAGCUGAUAUAUUAAGAAAUAAUUUAUUUAAAGAUUACAAAGUAGAAUUUAAUGAUGAAACAUCAGUUCAAGUACAUGGUAGAUUAUUUAGAGAAUUUAAUUUCUUUGUUUAUGCAGUUGAUGUUAAAGAAUUAAGACCAGUUGAUAAGGAAAUUGCACAAUUAUUAGAUUCAUCCAUUAAAUCAUCAAUGAAUAUUAUGUGUAACAAAUUACAAGAAAAUGCAAAGAAUUUAGCUGAAAAGGAAGAAAUUCAAUCUCAAAUUGAAUUUGCAAAAUUGAAAAAGAAUUUAAUUCAAAUCAAAAAUUCAAAUAUGCAAAAAGAAAAGAUUGAAAAAUCAAGAAUUGAAGGUCAAGCUAAAAUUGAAAGAGAAAAGGCUGAAAAUGAUUCAAUUUCUUUAUUGAAAAAGGCUAAAUAUGAUAGUGAAUUGAAUCAAAUUAAGGAAACUAUGCAAUUAUUAGAUGGUGAUAAGGGUGAUUUAUACAUUGAAUAUGUUAAAUUAAUGAAUGCAACAAAGAAUGUUAGAAAGGCUACUAUUGUACCACAAUCUACUCAAUUGAAAUUAAAUGUUACUCAAUAUUAG